UUGGCAGAAAGACCAUGAGCACAAACUUGUCUGUUUCAUCAGAACAAAAACAUCUUCGUCCAGAUGAAGCUCUAUGUCCAGACACUUAAGGGUUGAGGAAGUGCACAUGCUCGUUUGCAGCUGAUUCAAAGCUACAGAGAACCAGCCAACUUGAUGGCGAUCAUUAUUCUAUCCCGUGAACGGUGCGGACUGUCCCGGUGCAUCACUUACUACCUGGUGGCAAUAGCAGUUGCUGAUUUCUUUGUCAUCGUUAUGGCUGUCAUCCUCAACCGGAUCGCUGGUAUCUACUUUCGAAACAGUAUCUGGUCCGUAACGCCUUCUUGUGCACUCAGCACUGUGCUGGUGUACGCCACUCGUGAUGCCUCGGUCUGGCUGACAGUGGCUUUCACCGCUGACCGUUUUGUGGCCAUCUGCUGUCAGCGGCUGAAGACCAGGUACUGCACAGAGAAAACUGCGUCGCUAGUCAUAGGAAUUGUCUGUGCCCUGAGCUGCAUGAAGAACAUCCCUUUCUACUUCAUCUACCAACCACUGUACUUCUUGGAUGGGGUGGCCUGGUUCUGUGACAUUAAGAUCAGCUACUACAAUUGGCCAAUCUGGCAGACCUAUGACUGGCUGGAUCGCAUCUUAACCCCCUUUGUUCCAUUCCUCCUUAUCCUGUUACUCAAUGCCCUGACCGUAAAACAUAUUCUGUUGGCUAGCAGAGCCCGCAAAAGACUCAGGGCUGCUGAGAAUCGACAAGAUCCAGAAAUGGCUAAUCGCAAGAAGUCCAUUGUCCUGCUGUUUACCAUUUCUCUCAGCUUCCUUUUACUGUGGGUGACCUAUGUUGCACAUUUUCUUUACGUGCAGAUUGCAGGUGAGGCCUACUUCACUGGCCUGGAUUUCAAUGAUCCACAGUACAUCUUUCAAGAGACGACCAAUAUGCUUCAACUGCUCAGCUCCUGCACUAACAUCUUCAUUUAUGCAGUAACACAGUCCAAGUUUCGACAUGAGCUGAAGAAUACACUUAUGCAUCCUUUCACCACUCUCGCUGUUCGCUUCAAACCAGUGAAAGAGCAAUAAGCAUUUUCAUUUCUCCACUUGUUCGCAUCUGAUAUAUACUCUCGCCCGCCCCCAACCCAGAGACAUUGUAUCCCCUAUGGAAUCAGAAAGCAUUUGUGUCAUGACCCAGAUAUGCAACAACACCAGGCCGGGAUUUCAGUGCGAAAUGUCCCUGGUUUCCAGGGGAGAAGGAUAUCUGCACUAUGUUGCUUACUGUUGUUUUCGUAUGACAAAGUGAAUUUGGUCUCUGAGCUGAACGCUGCUGAUCUCCCAUAAAUAUCCAAGGUAAUUUUUCCUCUAAUAUUUCCUGGGAAGCAAAUUUCCUGAUAAAUGCCUAGGUAAGAUUUCCCCGCUAUUUACACAUGCACAAAAUAAAUACAGACAGAAGUAGUUCAAAGAAACGUAAAAAGAUCUGUACCAAGAUUGCCAAGAUCACAGCAUUCAAUUGAGUUGAAGUCCAAAAAACUAUAUGGCAUGAUGUGUCUUACAUUAACAAUGAUGUGUUUAGGAUUAUAUACGUUUUCCUCACAAAAGGAAUGAAACAUAAGCUUCGAAUGAAUUUGGGAAGUGUGCACUAUUAUCUUGAUUUUGUUUUACCUUUGGCAAUAAGGAUUUAAAUGAGUAAUUGACAAACAUGAUGAAUAUGACGUAUCAUAAGGGAGUGCCGGGUAGGCGGUUAUUGCAGAUAGCAUCCAUGUAAGGGUGCUGUUAUAUUCAGAUGGAAGAUGAAUGAGAAAAGAUUGAGGAAGACUAAAGGUUAGCAGUCCCUCGCAAAUCGGCCGGACAGCGGGAGUUUGCCUAAGCAACUUUAAUGAAAUGCACUCCUAUUCGUCCCGUGGCAUUAGUGAAAACUCGUCAAUUAUCGUGAGUUAUUUAUUGUUCUUUUAUGAAUUAACUUAUGCAUUGUAUCUAAACUGUUGCUUCUUAGUAACCUUAAUAAACUAUCCAAAGCUUCUCUACAAAGGUCAACUACCUAUAUUCCGCUCAUCCAUGUGACUGGAGAAAAAAACCCAAAAUAAAUACACACACAGGAUGUUGCAGGGCUCUGACAGCAGAAACAAUUUAAAUCUAAUAAAAUUAAACACCAUUUCCCAAAAGGGAGUGAAUGUAUCCACAGGUAAUCUAAUUUGAGAGAUGCAAUCUUUCUUUGUCUCUUCUCUCACUCACUCACUCACUC